GACAGGAAAUGAAAAGGAGUUGGAAAUCGAUGUACGAAGCAUAAGCGAUCAAUUCAAAAGCGUGUGUGUUGAGGCUGGUCAAUCCUCACGAACGUUCAAGGAAUUUGGUGCGCCAUUCCACCCAUCUUUUACAAGCCCUCCUCGCAUUUGGAUAAUGCGGGGAUUCGUUGCCUUCCAACUCAUUUUUGCAACAGAGCCUAACAACGCCUUCAAGUGCACUGCCAAGAGGGGCCGAAAGAACGCACGUGGCGACGAGGCUGAUCACCGGCACCAACCUCCCAGGCUCAACGACCAGUAUCGACUUAUACCUACAAAACGAUUAAAUUGGACAUCUACUGGUCAAUAUAGGAAAUAUUUGUGCCCGACCAUGGUACUUCUCUCUACGCAAAAUACCAACUUGCUCAGGACGCUCAAUCAAGAUGAGCUGUCAGCUGAAAGGUUGGCCAUACUCAAAGAAAUUAACAUGAUCGAGCAGACCCAA